AUGUGCUGUGCUUGGAUCAGCCCAUCGAGGUUUGGCCUGAGAAAGGUACCCAAAGGCAACUCGUCCAUGCGCCUGAUUUUGGUGAGCAUAUUAACGGACAUCUGCGGUAGGUACCUUGUCGGCUUCCAAGGCCAGCAUCUUAUCCGGAAGGGCAAGCUACCCGUCAGAUUUCUCCUCACCUGCAAGCUGGUUCGUCAGAAGACCACCUCCAAGUUCUACGGUGCGAUUCAGUUCCGCUUCUCAGGCCUCAAUGGCACCUCCAUCAUCUGCGCUUUCCUCGGCACAACCUGUGUCUGGAAUGAUCGUUACCUGAAGACCAUCACCAUUCCCUUCUGGUCCGUGGCACAUUACUCCAUCUACUGCCUCCAUGCCAAGGUGUUGCCCCUGAUACUGGCAGAGCGACUCAUCUAUCUGACGCCCCGGACCCUGACCCACAAAGGGUUACGAGACUUCCGAACGGCGGCAGUACACCUUCUGCACGGAAUUAAGGGCACUGAUAUCUCCCGACUUCAACUGGUCUUGCCUGAGUGGUACGAGUACGCCGCGCGAUCUCACCAGGCCAAGAUCUGGACCGCUCUGGAACAGCUGGCCGCUAGCAUGCGUAGCAAGCAAUCGCCCACAUCCUUCGUCAUCAUUGAAAUUUCCCACCUUUGCCAUGAGGACCAGCGUGGAGAUAUCGAUGGGAACGUGCGGAUCUCCGCAUCCAACGCCAAUCUCCUGGAGCAGCUUCAUUGUGUUCUUCCCGAAGCUGCUCUCAGCAUCGCAUACUACAAGCUGAACGGUGCCUGGGAGGUUGAUAGGCGGGUGGGCUUCGACACGUUCCUUCAUUUAGUAUCAAAUAGGCAUGGUCUCUGCCUUCCGGAUAUCCUUCCAGAGUGA